AUGAGUGAAAGUACGGGCUCUUCACCUUUUGUAGAGCGUCCGAUGUCGCCUGAAAGCACCAAAACACACACAAUUGCACUUAAAUUCAAGAUGAAUUCAAUGCAAAACCAGUUCGAAAUCGACCGAUUGACCCUGGAAAGAGAGGUCUCAGUGCUUGAUAAGAAAUACCGGGCCACUUUGAACGAAUUGGAGAAGGCCGUCGAUGAUACCAAGUAUUUAUAUUCUGCCAAUGCAGAAAUGGAACAGCGGCUUCGAGCAGUGGAACAGGAGCUGGAGGUGGUGAAAAAUCAAAGCUCCAUAGACAAGCAGCGUCUCCAACAAGAAUUGGAUCACCGCGAUUACGAAUUGCAGGAAACAAAGUCAUCGGCAAGGUCGAAAAUCUCGUCUUUAGAAAACGAGGUUUCUAACGUUCGCAUAGAGGCAGACGGGUCCAAGAGUUUGCUGAAACGGUACGAAGAAGAAGUAGAAUCCCAAAACACGCAAAUCCGGCAAUUGCAAGUGGGAUCAGCUCAAAAAGACGACCAGAUCGCCAGCCUUAAAGCGUCCCGCGUGGUGAUGGCUCACCACAAUUACUCAACCGAAGACUUCACCGAACUGACUACUCUAAAUAAUCUUCUGAAAGAGCAAAUGUCGUUCUCGAAGAGUCUGGAACAAGCAAACCUCGAGCAAGCAACCGAGUUGAAAAAACUACGAUUUGCACAAGAGUCUUAUAAGUUUUUACAAUCUGAAAACGAAGACCUCCGAAGAAAAGUACAGAAAAUGGAGGCUCUUGAAAACAAAAACCAGGAUUUGGAGCUUGCAAACGUUGAGCUCCAGUCCCAACUCUAUUUUUGGAACGAUCUGCAAGAGGUUGGUAAAGGGUCUAAGAAAACGCCCGAUGAUGUGGUUAGAGAAUGGACCAUCUUCAAAAGUGAAAAUCUCAAACUGGUCAAUGAAAUAUCCAAAGUUCAGCUUGAUUUGACCAACGUUCGCAUACUGAACGAUGAAAUGGCACUGGAACGCAACCAGCUAUUGGACUUGAAUAAAAAUUACGAGACUAGUAUCCUGAAUUUUAAGAGGCUCAACCAUGAAAUCGAACAGCAAAAACUUCUGUCUUUUGAGGAGUGCAAGAUGUUGCGCAAGCAACUCGAGGAUAUAGCGCCUUUAGGCAAGGAAGAUGACAGAAGUGAAGGACCCCGUAGUGAUCGCCAAACACUGGAUGGACUAGUGCAAAGCUACAAGGAAAAAACUGAAGAUCUUACAAGUGAACUUAAGAAACUCAAUCAAGAUCUCAUGAAUAGCGGGGAAGGUGUACCCAAUAAAAAGCGAAAAAUCAGCGACGACGUAGCUUUCAACUACUCACAGCGGCUAAACGAGUUGCAACUUCAAAAUUUAGAACUAACUCGCAAGCUGUCAAGUUCCUCUGAAACGAUUGAACUUUUGGAUGCAGAGAUCAAGAAGCUUAAACAGCUUGGCGAAAAAAAGGUUCGCAUUCUGCAGCUUCGAGACAACCCUAUGUCCAAAGAUCAGCAGGUCAAGCAGAAGAGGCUUGCCCUACUCAUAAAGGAAAAUGAAGAUUUAGUAGCGGGAGCUAGCAUCUCAAUCGAGAAACACGUACCGAGGUCUUUAUAUGAACGACUCAAAUUUGAUGUUUCUCAGUUAGAAGAUGAAAUCUUUAAGCUGAACAAAAAGAUAACCAGGCUACGUGAGGUAUUCAAUAAAAAAUCUUUAGAAUUCAUUGAUGCGGUUAAUUCGUUGUUGGGGUUCAAGCUAGAGUUCAAAUCCGAUGGAAAGAUCAAAAUGACACCCUGUUACAUGCCUGACAAAUUUCUACUGGCAGAUUUGACGAACGAUUCGAUGAAAUCAAAUUUGCAACAGGACAUUGAAGAUUGGGAUGCUUUAUUGCAAGAGUUGGUGCUUGAAAAAGGACAGAUGCCCGCCUUUUUCGCGACGUUAACGACAAGGAUGUGGGAAUUGAAGCAAAAGUGA